GUUCAAAAGCACCACAUUAGCGUGAUGAGUUGAUAAUUCAGAAUUACUGAUCAAUUACUCAGGGAAAAGAAAAAUUAAAAUGUCAAAAUUAGGUUAGAGAUACAAAAGGCAUGAAAUCAUUUUUAAUCCUACGCACACAAAGAAUGUUGACAAUGCACAGCUAUUUCACUACCCACUCACAUCUCAACAACUUCUUCUUUUACCACUACACUCUUUAUAACACUUCCCUCUAGGCCCUUUCUACUAUUACACUGCAAUUCUCUGUUUCAUACCUUUUCUUCUCAAAAUGGAACAAGAGAAGAACAUUGUGCCCAACCUUUUCUCAUCAGAUGGGUACAAUCUGGGACUGUCAAUGCUAGCCUGCAUGCUCAUAUCAUGGAUCUUGAUCCACAGGUGGGCCCAGAUGAACACCAAAGGACCGAAAACAUGGCCGAUCGUGGGGGCGGCGAUCGAGCAACUCAUGAACUAUGACAGGAUGCAUGACUGGAUUGUGAAGUACCUGUCGGAGUCAAGAACUGUAGUGGUUCCAAUGCCAUUCACAACCUACACAUACAUUGCCGAUCCUGCUAGUGUAGAACAUGUCCUCAAAACCAACUUUGCUAAUUACCCAAAGGGUGAAGUGUACCAUUCAUAUAUGGAGGUGCUGCUAGGAGAUGGUAUUUUCAAUGUAGAUGGUGAGCUUUGGAGGAGACAAAGGAAGACAGCAAGCUUCGAGUUUGCAUCAAAAAACUUGAGAGAUUUCAGCACUGUAGUCUUCCGAGAGUAUAGCCUUAAGCUCUCUUCUAUUCUAAAUCAAUCCUCUCUCCAAAACCAAGAAGUAGACAUGCAGGAACUGUUCAUGAGGAUGACUUUGGACUCUAUAUGUAAGGUGGGAUUUGGGGUAGAAAUAGGGACAUUGGCUCCUCAUUUACCGGAAAAUAGUUUUGCUCGGGCAUUUGAUACUGCGAACAUUAUUGUAACUCUUCGGUUUAUUGACCCGUUAUGGAAAAUAAAGAAAUUUCUUAAAGUGGGAUCUGAAGCAGUACUUGAUCAGAGCAUCAAAAUUAUCGAUGAUUUCACAUACUCUGUUAUUCGAAGAAGAAAGGCAGAGAUAGAAUCAACUGGAGAGACAUGUAAAAAUGAGAAUCUAAAUGGAAAUGAUCAGAUGAAGCAUGACAUACUAUCAAGAUUUAUUGAGCUAGGAAAAGACCCAGAAAACAAUAUGACUGAUAAAAGCCUCAGAGAUGUUGUACUGAACUUUGUCAUUGCCGGUCGCGACACAACAGCCACGACUCUCUCUUGGGCCAUAUACAUGGUAAUGACUCACAGCCAUGUAGCAGACAAGCUAUACUCGGAGCUCAAAGCUUUCGAAGAAGAACGGGCGAAAGAAGAAAAGGUCUCAUUGUUUCAGUAUAAUACAGAGGAUCCUGAAUCAUUCAAUCGAAGAGCAACACAAUUUGCUGGACUCCUGACGUAUGAUUCGUUGGGAAGACUAUCUUACUUGCACGCAGUGAUCACAGAGACACUACGAUUGUACCCUGCCGUCCCUCAGGAUCCUAAGGGCAUAUUGGAGGAUGAUAUUUUACCGGAUGGAACCAAAGUGAAGGCGGGUGGGAUGGUAACAUAUGUUCCCUACUCAAUGGGAAGAAUGGAGUACAAUUGGGGUUCUGAUGCGGCUUCCUUUAAGCCUGAGAGAUGGCUCAAAGGGGGAUGCUUCCAAAAUGCAUCUCCAUUCAAGUUCACUGCAUUCCAGGCUGGGCCAAGGAUAUGCCUUGGGAAGGACUCGGCAUAUCUCCAAAUGAAGAUGGCUCUGGCUAUUACGUGUAGGUUUUUCAAAUUCAGUUUAGUGCCAGGGCAUCCAGUGAAGUACAGGAUGAUGACAAUUCUAUCAAUGGCACAUGGAUUGAAGGUUACUAUUGAUAGGCGUUUAUAAGACUUCUCAAGAGGCCAUAAUGUUGUUGGCAUUGACGCAUGGUAAAAAUUAUCAUUAUCUGUAUGGUUACAAUAUUCAGAAAUUGUUACCUUGAUCCUAGUAGCUUGUGGUUGCAAAUAAUGAGAUUACAAUCAAAUCCUAAAUCAACAGGGAAAAACUUACAUUCAUUGAAUGAUUAGCAUAGAUUAACAGUGAUGAUUGCAAGCUCCCUUAACCAGGUAAAAUUGAUUGGAUGCACCAACUAUUUACUGACUAAAAAGGCAAAGGAAAAUAGAAGUCAACAAAAUGGAAAAUAACCAGACAUUUCAGCAUGUAAAAACAUGACAAGUUGCACAAUGAUAUGAACUACAAAAUGUCUAGAAUAAUCAUGUAUCAAAAUGCAUGAGAACUAGAAAACAUACCAUGCUCUUCGUACUUGAGACCUCUUGAGUAAACUCUUAUUGGCAAUUAGAAAAAAACAUGCUCUGAUCUCUGCGGAAGUAAGAAUCCAGAUGACAAUCCAAUUCACAAUGAUGGUAAAUGGAGAAGUGAAAGAA